AGCCGCCAUGAGUAUUAGCCCAACUGGACAGCAGGACCUGGAACAACUGGUGAAACUCUGUGAUCCACCAACAACAGAGUUAGAGGAAAUCCUCAUCGAGUCCACUAACGCUGCUGGUUGCAAGGUAGAAGAACCAAAGGCUUCCGAUUACACGUAUUAUUGUAGGAUUUGCGAUGAGAAUUGUGAUCACAGCACUGAGACGUGCCCUGACAGAUCUGGGAAAUUUAUAACAGUUUGUAGGGUUUGUGACUGUCUCCCAUGUAAAAAUGAGGCUGACCACAAGGAAGACCAUUAUGAACGAUUCUUUUUUUGUCAUCUUUGUAGUACGAUUGGUCAGCACUUGACUGAAAUGUGCCCUGACAUGGAUUCCGACAUGGGUGACGAGGACUGGGGUUCUGACAUGGAUGACGAGAACAGGGAUGAGAAGGGUGAUUUUCCAGAGAAUACACAGAGCGCCGCUAAAGCUGCAUAGAGAAUGUCAAUACCAACUUUAGCUAGUUCCUCGAUUAUUUUUGAAUUUUACAAUUAUAUCUGAUUGAUGUACCACAAUUCUAUAUUAAUUACAUGAUCAAUUGUACGUCGUCGUUCUCUUCAAUCCAUGAUCAUUAUUCA